UUGGCUGAACUCAUAGGGCCAUAUAGGGUAUAUUUAUUUGAAGAUUAUAAACCAGUGGUCACCAAUCCUGUUGCUGGAGACUUUCUUCACUUCCUCAAGACUUUAGCUCCAACCAUAAUUGUGCCCACUUGACCAUCUAAUCACAGCCUUAAGAAGUCCUUGAUCAACUAAAAUAGGUGUGUUAGAUUUUGUUUGGAGAUGAAAUCUGCAGGAACGUAAAUCUCAAGGAAGAGGGUUAUAGACCCUGGAGCACAGGCACUGUUUCCAGCUAUAAUGGGACAGUUUAUCUGCAGAAUUAUCUGCUGACGUCCAUCCAUUUUCCAUACCGCUUAUCCUACACAGGGUCGUAGGGGAGCCUGGAGCCUAGCCCAGGGAACUUGAGGCACAAGGCGAGGGACACACUUGAUGCCAACCUAUUGCAGGGCACAAUCACACACUAUGAACAAUCAGCCUACAGUGCAUGUCUUUGGACUGGGGGAGGAAACCAUAUUACCUGGAGGAAACGUGGAAAGCAUGCACACAGUGGGAUUCGAACCCCCAACCCUGGAGCAUUAAUACCUUAAACCACUGCUGACUUAUUAUGGCAACAUUUCUUUAAUAGUUUGAUGAAUAAUUAAUAAUGUCUUAUCUUGCAGAUUUUUGUUUUCUUACAAGAUCAUGUAGAAUAUUUGACUUGGAAUUCCAAAAUGAUGAUUUCUUAUUGUAUGGGAAGGUACACCUGAUCUGUACAGUAGUUGCACCGCGCUGCAUGAUGGGGGCAGUGAAGGAUAAAAAUCCUGGUUUUUUUCAGUGAUAAAGCAUUUCGUUUCCUCCUCGCCUCCUGAUCCGCUCGCAAUGGCCUCGACACGGCUGGAGCGGCUCUGGGUUCUUUUCCUGCGUUUGGUCGUUAAAGCGUUUUUGUCCGUUUUCAGGUUAUUCGCACCUCAGCAGCUCGGAAGCAGAGAAGGUCACCGGCUUCCCCCCAUCACCGAGCCGCUGCUGCGGGUUUCCGCCGUUCAGCUCGCGCGGAACAUCCGCCGGAAACAAGUAACAAGUGUCCAGGUGGUUCAGGCCUACAUCGAUCGUAUCCAGGAAGUCAACCCAUUAAUCAAUGCUUUGGUUAAAGACAGGUUUGCUGCAGCACUCCAAGAGGCAGCACAGGUAGAUAAACUGAUAGAGGAGGAGACAGGAGGAGAGGAUGUACUGGAGGACAGGCUUCCUCUUCUCGGAGUUCCCUUUACUGUGAAAGAGGCCUUCGCCCUGCAAGGCAUGCCAAAUUCUACAGGACUGCUGAGCAGGAGGACAGUGGUGUCAGGUGUGGAUGCCCCACCGGUGGCUCUGUUAAAGAGGGCUGGAGCAAUUCCACUUGGUGUGACCAACUGCAGUGAGCUGGCCAUGUGGCUGGAGUCUCACAAUCGCCUUUAUGGCAUUACCAGAAACCCUUAUGACCUCGGGAGGAUAGCAGGGGGCAGCUCAGGGGGAGAGGGAAGUAUAAUAGGUAGUGGAGCUUCUGUUAUUGGAGUGGGAUCAGACAUUGGAGGAAGCAUUCGCAUACCUUGUUUUUUUAAUGGCAUAUUUGGACAUAAGCCAACAUCAGGUAUAGUAAAUAACGGAGGUCAGUAUCCCCCAGCGUCUGGACAGCAGCCAGGCUUCCUCUGUACAGGCCCCAUGUGUCGCUAUGCUGAGGAUCUUCUGCCCAUGCUGAGGAUUAUGGCAGGACCCAAUGCAGAAAAAUUAUCCCUCUCUGCUAAUGUGGACCUGAAGAAACUCCGGUUCUUCUCUGUUCCUCAUGAUGGAGGAUCACCUCUUCUCUCUCCUGUAGACCCACAACUGAUUCAGGCACAGAAGAAGAUGGUUGAACAUUUGGAGGCUGACUUAGGGGUCCAAGUUGAAGAAUUGCGCAUCCCUCAGCUCAAAUAUUCCUUUCAGAUCUGGGGAGCUAUGAUGUCCUCGCCUGGCAAGGAUGGAAAGCCCCCUACUACUUUUGCUGAGCUGAUGGGUGGAGGAGAGAAGAGGGUGUGGCCUGUGUGGGAGCUUUUCAAAUGGUUUCUAGGACUGUCCUCUCACACCAUGGCUGCUAUAGGUCUGGCCCUGGUGGAGAUGUUUCAGAGCUCACAGCCAUCUCAGUUCAUUCUUCAGCAGAAAGAGAGUUUGCAAAAGGAGUUGGAUGAGCUUUUGGGUACUGAUGGAGUGCUGUUCUAUCCUUCACACCCUCAGCUGGCCCCUAAACACCAUCAGCCUCUAUUCACCCCCUUCAACUUCUCUUACACAGGGAUCUUUAAUAUCCUCGGGCUGCCAGUGACCCAGUGUCCUUUAGGACUUAGUGUGGAGGGUUUGCCCCUUGGACUGCAGCUUGUGGCAGGAAAGCUACAGGAUCAUCUCUCUUUGGCCACCGCUUUGUACCUGGAGAAAGCUUUCGGUGGAUGGAGAGAGCCGGGUGACACAGAGCACACACUUAACAGCACCUCGAAUAAUGUCAGUAAUGCCACAUAACUACCAAACUGUACAUGCAUUAAGUACUUACUUUAAUUUAUCAAAGCUUACAGUUACCACAUAAUGUGGAUAACAGAAUAAUACAUAUAGAUAUAGUGGAAAGAAUGAAGGAAGGAAGGAAGGACUGCAAGAAGGAAGGAAGGAAAUACUGUAUGUAAUAUUAUUAAAAUAUGCCACAGAUAUUAGUGGAACUGUUGUAAUGUAAAUUGCAAUUAAAUUACAAUUAAAGUAUUGAGAUAAUAAAUGUAAAUAGAAAGAAAGAAAGAAAGAAAGAACAAAGAAAAGGAAAUGAAAGAAAGGUAUAUGUAUUAUUAAAACAUGCCACAGAGAUCAAUGUCAGUUUGUUGUGAUGAAAGAAAGAAAGAAAGAACUGCAAGAAGGAAGAAAGGAAAUAUGUAUUAUUAUUAAAAUAUGCAAUAGAUAUUACAAUUAAGUUAUAUAUUAUUAUAGUAUAAUAUUAUAUUAUAUUAUAUAAUAUAUACAGUAUAUAAAUAGAAAGGAAAUCAUUUUAUUAUUAUUAUUAUUAUUAUUAUUAUUGUUAUUAUUUUAUUAAACAUGCCACAGAGAGAAAGAAUAAAAUAUGUAAUAUUCAGACAUGUUGCAGAAAUUUAAUUACUUUAUUACCUUUUUUUAAACAGCAGAAUAGUAAGGCAGGUUCCUGUGAACACCUUUACUAAAGAAAUGAGAAGUAGGAAUGGAAUGAGAUGUAAUAUUUAUGCAUAUUAAAACAUUUCUGUAAAAUAAACAGCCUUUAGAUGCAAAAAA